AUGGCAGCACCUUCGAACCUCCCGGCUAUCUUCAACCCUAGCUCCCAGGACAUUGAGCAGCUGCUCGCGGCUCAAUGCCACCUGGGAUCCAAGAACCUGCAAGUUCACAUGGAACCAUACCUAUGGAAGACUCGACCUGAUGGUAUCAACAUUAUCAAUAUUUCAAAGACCUGGGAGAAGAUUGUCCUAGCGGCCCGAAUCAUUGCAGCCGUCGACAACCCAGCCGAUGUCUGUGUUAUUUCUGCUCGUCCAUAUGGUCAGCGAGCCGUCCUCAAGUUCGCCGCUCACACUGGUGCCGUCGCUAUUGCUGGUCGAUUCACUCCCGGUAACUUCACCAACUACAUUACCCGAUCUUUCCGAGAACCACGAUUGAUCAUCGUCACCGACCCACGAACCGAUGCUCAGGCUAUUAAGGAGGCUUCUUAUGUCAAUAUCCCAGUCAUUGGUCUCUGCGAUACCGACUCGCCAACAGAAUUUGUUGACGUCGCCAUCCCAACCAACAACAAGGGCAGACACUCUAUUGGUUUGAUCUGGUGGAUGCUUGCAAGAGAAGUGCUCCGACUUCGAGGUACAAUUGCUGACCGAGAGGUUGCUUGGGAUGUUGUCGUUGAUCUGUACUUCUACCGCGAUCCUGAGGCUGAUGAGACUAAAGAUGAGGAGCAGAAGCCAGGUGCUGAUGAGGCUGGUCCAGGCGCCGUCGAUCGAGGUUUCACUGAUAAUGCUGAUUGGGGUACUGAUGCUGCCACUGGUGUUCCAGGUAUCACUGGUGCUACUACUGCUGAUCCUAAUUGGCAAGACAACGCUACUGGUGCUGACUGGGCAGGAGAAGGUACCACUGGUGGUGAAAAUGCCGCUCCAGCUGCUGGCUGGUAA